GUCUACUGUGUGACCUCAGAGACUCCUGACAUUUCUUACAUACGGAAAACGGCUUCUCUCAAGAAGGCAUUGGCACCAAGAGCGAAAUAUUAUCUUUGUUUGAUUUCUCUAAAAAGAAAUGGCUUCAGACAUUCCGGGAUCGGUGACCCUGCCCGUUGCCCCCAUGGCAGCGGGACAGGUGAGGAUGACAGUGUCCGUGCCUGCUAGAGGAGGAAAAAGGCGAUCCGGAAUGGAUUUCGACGAUGAAGACGGCGAAGGCCCCAGUAAAUUUUCAAGAGAGAACCACAGUGAAAUCGAGAGGCGCCGGAGAAACAAGAUGACCCAGUACAUCACGGAGCUGUCAGACAUGGUGCCCACCUGCAGCGCCCUGGCCCGCAAGCCGGACAAACUGACCAUCCUGCGCAUGGCGGUCUCCCACAUGAAAUCCAUGAGGGGCACAGGCAACAAGUCAACCGACGGGGCCUACAAGCCUUCUUUCCUCACGGAGCAGGAACUGAAGCACCUGAUUCUGGAGGCAGCCGACGGAUUCCUGUUUGUCGUGGCAGCUGAAACGGGGAGGGUGAUUUACGUCUCUGACUCGGUGACCCCCGUCCUGAACCAGCCGCAGUCGGAGUGGUUUGGCAGCACGCUGUACGAGCAGGUCCACCCGGAUGAUGUGGAGAAACUGCGGGAGCAGCUUUGCACCUCUGAGAACUCCAUGACAGGUCGGAUCUUGGACUUGAAGACGGGGACGGUGAAGAAGGAAGGACAGCAGUCUUCCAUGAGGAUGUGCAUGGGGUCCAGGCGUUCGUUCAUCUGCAGGAUGAGGUGUGGCAACGCCCCACUGGACCACCUACCUCUAAACCGAAUAACCACCAUGCGGAAAAGGUACAGGAACGGUCUUGGCCCAGUGAAAGAAGGAGAAGCCCAGUAUGCCGUUGUCCACUGCACGGGCUACAUCAAAGCCUGGCCUCCUGCAGGUAUGACCAUCCCCGAAGAGGACACAGACGUAGGACAAGGCAGUAAAUAUUGCCUCGUGGCGAUUGGGAGACUUCAGGUGACAAGCUCUCCGGUGUGCCUGGACAUGAACAGCCUGUCCGUCCCCACCGAGUUCUUGUCGCGACACAACUCUGACGGAGUCGUCACCUUUGUGGACCCCAGGUGCAUCAGCGUGAUUGGCUACCAGCCACAGGAUCUUCUGGGAAAGGACAUUCUGGAAUUCUGCCAUCCUGAAGAUCAGAGCCAUCUGAGAGAGAGUUUCCAGCAGGUGGUGAAACUGAAAGGCCAGGUCCUUUCCGUCAUGUACCGUUUCCGCACCAAAAACCGUGAGUGGAUGCUCAUCCGGACCAGCAGCUUCACGUUCCAGAACCCGUACUCGGACGAGAUCGAGUAUAUCAUCUGCACCAACACCAAUGUCAAGCAACUCCAACAGCAACAAGCAGAGCUGGAAGUCCACCAGAGAGAUGGACUGUCUUCAUAUGACUUGUCUCAGGUCCCUGUCCCAAACAUCCCAGCCGGCGUCCACGAGCCUGGGAAGCCGGUGGAAAAGGCGGAUACUAUCUUCUCCCAGGAGAGGGACCCUCGGUUUGCUGAGAUGUUCGCAGGAAUCACGGCCUCGGACAAGAAAAUGAUGGCCUCAGCCUCGGCCACCGGAAACCAGCAGCUGUAUUCCCAAGGAAGCCCCUUCCAGCCUGGACCGUCAGGAAAGGCAUUCAGCUCUUCGGUGGUGCACGUGCCUGGAGUGAAUGACAUUCAGGCCUCCUCUUCGACAGGCCAGAGCUUGCCCCAGAUCUCCCGCCAGCUGAAUCAGAGCCAAGUCGCCUGGACAGGAAGUCGCCCGCCAUUUCCGGGACAGCAAAUCCCGUCCCAGUCCAGCAAGACCCAGUCAUCUCCCUUUGGUAUUGGAACCAGUCACACCUACCCGGCCGACCCCGCCUCCUUCAGCCCCCUGUCCAGUCCGGCCACCUCCUCGCCAAGUGGAAACGCCUACUCCAGUCUCGCCACCAGGACCGCGGGGUUUGCUGAAGGAGGCCAGGGGAGUGGCCAGUUCCAAGGAAGGCCAUCCGAGGUCUGGUCCCAGUGGCAGAGCCAGCAGAGUGGUGACCAGCACUCCCACCAGCAAGCCAGCCAGACAGAAGUGUUCCAGCCAUCAGAAGUGAUGCUUUGUGCUUCUCGAGUGAUUUUUCCCUCCCCACUUCCACAAGGAUCUCAAAGCACUUUGCAAACAUUAAGCCUCACCCAGCCCCGUAAGGACAUGCUACCCAUGCCAGGGGACCCAACCCAGGGCACCGGCAAUUACAACAUCGAAGACUUCGCUGACCUGGGCAUGUUCCCCCCGUUUUCUGAGUAGCUGUGGGAGACGAACCCAAAUCCACACCAGGACCCGGCGCAACCCUCGCCACUGGGUUUGGGCUGGGCCACGGCCACGGGGUCUCGCCAGGGGAUAACCGCGCUUAGAAUUCAGUUCCUUGCAUUCGAGCAGAAAUCUGCGGGGCCUUUGGUGGUCCACGUGAGAGCCCGGGAGUCUACUGGGGGCUGGGGCUCUGGACCUCCAGGGUUUGGGCUGCCAUGUUCUCUCUGUGUCUAUCUCUCUCCUGUCUCGGUCUCUUCCUUUUCUGCGCUUCGGAAGUAAGCACUUUUGCUGGCUCUUUGACAUCAGAAUGUGAGCGAUGUUUUAAUCACAACUUUCGGGCUUUUUCAUUCAAUUUUAAAAACUAACCGAGGGACAGUCAGGUAGCCCCGCUCCGACGAUCCAGCGAGAAGGCUGACUUUCAGUGUUCUUUCUGAGGACUGAGCAGGGGAUUGUAUCUCUCACCCUGCUGAACCUUUUUUUCUCAGUUGAACGAUGAAAGUAUCAAAACCUAAAACAGACCCGAAGCCCCUUUGCCCCACUGAGACCAUGCUGGUGAGUGUAGUGGGGGGUGGUGGGGGGCACAGACGUAGUCCUUGCGUGUAACGUGUGCUGUGUGUCGUGACAGUCCCGUCCUGGUAGAGUCAUUGUAACCUAGUGUCCGUGCUGUGAGCCCGAGGGUUUGGGAAGGAGAAGAGGGGUUUAUUGAGGAACUCCGAGGUGGCAUAUUCUACGUCACCCAGCCCAGAAAUCACACGACCUGGAUAUUUCGCGUUCAAGGGGAUGGAAGUCGCAUUUUCCCAAUUCCCUAGUGGCAGUGUGCUAAGGAUUAGCAGAUGAGGAUUCAAAGGAGUGAAUCCUCAGUGGGUUGGGGGAGAGCAUUGUGAUAGACUAAGGAGCCUAUUUAUCCCUGAAGAUGUUUGAUGCAGGCUCCAGCCAGACACCCUGGAACAUCUUCACCAUCACUUUUACCCCCCGUGCCCCUGAUUGGCUUCUGGCCAUUUCUCAUCUGCAUUCCUCCACUUAGUCAAUCGUAUUUAUUGAGCAUUUGAUGUAUUCAGACCACUGUACUAAGCGCUCAGCAGAGUACAAUUUAACAAUAAACAGGCAUGCUCCCUGCCCAUGACGAAUUUAAAGCUUAGAAAGGGAGAGUGGUCCUUCUCUGUGAUCCCGUUGUCCGUAUCCGGUGCUCAGAUCCGGGAGCGCUGUGUCUGAUGCCCGGGGCAUCUCCAGGGGAUCUGGUUCAUAAGCAGCAUGGUAAAGUGGAUAGAGCACAGGCUUGAGAGUCAGAAGAUCAUGGAUUCUAAUCCCUGCUCCGCCACUUGUCUGCU